CUCCCCUCCUCGGCAGUUGCUCCCCUCACCUCAGGGCCCGGCCCUUCACCCCUUCAUGCACAGUGAGCCCUCAGUGGAGCUGGCGGUAUUUUAUUUCUUGGUUAUCAGAAUGAAAUGCCGCUCCUCGCUCGUUAUCCGCCUUGAUGCCUUGUUCACGUCUAUCCUACGCUGCAAAACCCGCGUGUUUUCUACGAACUGACAGUUUUCACAUGCCGCUUUGGUUGUGUGGAACGGAUAAGAUGGCUGCUCUUGAGGAACAUCCGGACCUAAGGCUCCAGCACAGCAAUCCAUCGGCAGCAAUAUGGGAAGUUGAGCAAGCAUCAGUUUGUUUUCUGCUGCAAAGGAUGAUUAGAUCACAGUACUGGUCAGAAGAGUCAUUUCUCAGAGACUGACUGGAAAACACCGAUGCUGUCUGUGAAGUUCCAGAGCCGCACCAGUCGCUGUUCCAGUGUGGCUGACAGCGGCGAUGUGGGCAUUGGGACCUCCUGCUCCGACAGCACAGAAGACUUUUGCAGUUCCAGUAACGGUUCCUCAUUCCAGCCCAUUAAAACCCAAGUGACCAUCCCAACAGCCCAUGUUAUGCCAUCCACGCUGGGUGCCUCACCCGCCAAGCUGUGCUCAGCCAGAGAGCAGGGCUGUUUGCAGAGUACUUCCAAAACUGCUGUGCCAGGAUCCACUUUGGAACACACAGGACUCAUGAGAAACGGAGACUUUAAGGCCGGGAAGUCAUCUCAGCUGCCACACAGGGAUCUCUUGCGUCUCUAUGGGACUUCGGGGGAAAAUGGAUUUGAGCAAUCCUGGCAUCCUGUUUCUGAUCACGUGAGAACAGAAGAUACUUGGAAGUUUGACACCCCUGCCAUUGAACGCACCCUAAAUCAGUCUCUCUUUCUGGAUAGUUUGUGUGUUGACCCUCUCCAGAGGUUCCAGAAAUUCAAUCCAAACUCUGGGGCAGCUGAGACAGGAGGAGACCAUUAUAAGGUGCUGCCAGAAAUCAAGCAAGCUGCAGAGACUAAUGGAGUCUGUGAAUCCCAGGACGGAACAUGGCUGAGUGGCAGCAGACUGAUGCCAACAGGACUCCAGACCAACAAAUUCUUUCCAAAACCUGUAACACCCCCAUCUCAGGCAUGGAUGCAAGAAACCUGCACGCUACAUCCACACGAGAGGGUCUGUGAGCUCAGUGCUUGGAAACAACAGCUGGAAAAUGUGCGAUUGCAAAUAGAGCAAAUGCAGUUACAAAAUGGAGGUGCCUGCCACCAUCCCUCAGUGUACUCUCCUUCACUGUCUACACCCGAUCCAGCCCAGUGGAUCAAUAUCCUGAACUCCAAUGAAAACCUACUCAAGGAGAAAGAGCUCCUCAUUGACAGGCAAAGACAACACAUAUCCCAGUUAGAGCAGAAGGUCCGGGAAAGUGAACUGCAGGUUCACAGUGCCCUACUUGGCUGUCCAGCACCCUAUGGAGAUGUUUACAUGUUGAGAAUGCAGGAGCUGCAACGAGAGAACACGUUUCUCCGAGCACAGUUCACAGAGAAGACUGAAUCUCUCAGUAAGGAGAAGAUUGAAUUGGAGAGAAAACUGGCUGCUGCAGAGGUGGAUGCAAAGCUGAUCCGGGAGACGCUGAAGGAAAAUAUGCAGAAACAUGCAGAGGACUUAAAGAAACAGGAAGAAAGGGUAAAGGGAAGAGACAAACACAUUAAUAAUCUUAAAAAGAAAUGCCAGAAGGAAUCUGAACAAAACAGGGAGAGGCAGCAGAGAAUCGAGACCCUGGAACGGUACCUGGCUGAUCUUCCAACUCUUGAGGACCACCAGAAGCAGAAUCAGAAGCUAAAGGAAUCUGAACUGAAGAGUACUGCUCUGCAAGAAACAGUGCUGGCACUGGAAACAGAGCUUGGAGAUGUACGGGCUGCAUUCAGAGAGCAAGAGAUGCAGCUAGAAACCCAAAAACACAAAGAACUGGAACUUCUUUCUACUGUGCGCAGCUUGCAGGACAAGGUGCAGCAGUGUGUAAAGAAUGCAGACAGAGGGCCUCCUGUACAGGAUGGGGAGAAACAAAAAAUAGAAAAUGACUCUCUGAAGAAAGAAUGUGACUGCCUCAGGAAGAUUGUGGAAAAACAGCAGAAGAAGAUGGAGCAGUUGUCUUUGCAAGUGAAGAACCUGGAAGAACAGGUGGCCCAGGAAGAAGGGACAAGCCAAGCUCUGAAAGAGGAGGCAACAAGAAGGGAAAAUGCACUGCAGCAGCUCCGGACUGCAGUGAAAGAGCUUUCAGUGCAGAACCAGGAUCUCAUUGAGAAGAACCUGACCCUUCAGGAACGGCUCCGGCAGGCAGAGCUGACAACUCAGCCCCUGCCUGCUGAGGCUGCCCGCCUUGCCCAGGAGUUGCACUGUGAGCUGGCCAGCUGCCUGCAGGAUUUGCAGUCUGUCUACAGCAUUGUCACUCAGAGGGCUCAGGGCAAGGAUCCUAAUCUCUCCCUGCUUCUGGGCAUCCGCUCUGUGCAGUACUCAGCUAAGGAGAAGGACGACAUGCUGAGCCCCGAUGUGCUUGCAAAAAAACUGAUGGAGGUAAAACAGCUUCACAAAGAGGUGGAGGACUUAAGGACAGCAAUAUCUGACAGAUAUGCCCAGGAUAUGGGAGACAACUGCAUCGCUCAGUGAAGAGCUGUCUCCCCAGAGUAAGACAGGAAAUGGAGACUUGAAACUCAGGAGACUAGAACUCCUACAACUGAAAGCCUUUCAGCACUUUACCAUCCCAAUGCUUGGGUAUAAGAUGUGUGGUUUAUCCAUGAGAAAUUGGGGGUUGUUGCCAGAAGUGUUUAUCUGCUGGCUAGCUAACUGGAAUCAUUCAGGGUUUCAGUGUUGGGCUUUGCAGUAGCUUUGAUCUUAUGGAAUGUGUUUUUGUUGUCUUUGCUGGAGCUGGUGCCCUCUCUUACUCUGGGAGAUGAAUUCUGAAUAGCCUUCCAGGCAUGUCAAACACUGAACGUGCAAUUGUGACAGUUAAAACCAACACUAAAGGAAAACAUAUGCCCUGGUCUUUCUGAUAAAUUCUCCGCGCAGGUCCUGUACAACUUAUAAGACUGGAGUAUUAUCAGAGCAUUCAGGGGGUAUCUGUGGAUUUUGUAGGCAAGCAGGUGUGCUGAUUACGCUACCACUAAUUACAUCACGGUGCUACAGGCUUGUCAGAUGCCAUGUGUGCAGUACUGCCUUGGAUGCUCGUGUAGCCAUUCAUGGACCAGGACCUGCUUUGCUCAGGUAUAUGCAACCAGAGUCUUUUGGUAGUCAACAGGAGUUAGGGAAUAAAGCAGCACUAACAGAAGACUCAAAACGCUGUCCCUGGAUCCUGUUAUCCUAGAAGCCUUAAGCCUUUAUCCCCCUGAAAUAGCAUACUGAGUGUGUGUAUGAUUCAGCCUACAGAGGAAAUGGAUUGAUGCUGAAGUGCCUUACUGUGCUACAGAAGCUUCCUGUCCACGCACUGCUUUGUGCCUGAUGCAUCUGCUGGCAGGGUGAGGAAUUAGUUUCUUGUAGCAGCCUUUAGAGCCGUUGCAAACAAUCCUGCAGAGCUUUGAACGUACAUAACCCCUACCUGAGCUGCAGGGAGCCUCUGCACAGGGGGACCGUGCUGCGGGCCAGUUAGGAGCCACCUCUUGGCUCUCUGCUUGCUGCUUGUGGGGAGAAAGCCAUUCUGGUCCUAAAAUGGCAGCAGGAUUGUACAGCUGGAUGUGAGAGCUCUUCCUGAUGCCAGCAAGGCUGCGACCACUCAGGCUUUGUUCCAGUCCUGCCUCUGGUUGCUCCCCACUCCUGCGCCAAAUAAUUGGAUUUCUAAAUUGGCGUGGGAUACGGUUCAUUUUGUCAUAACUUCCUCAAUCUGAGUGGCAACUUUACAGUACUGAGCGUUGGCGUGAGACAACGCUGUGGGGCCGAGGGUGAAACUUGUGUUGGUUGCCAUCUCGCUCUUGACUCACAAACUAAGAACUCAGUGGUAAAACAGGGGGAACGUACUGCUGAAACUUCUGCCCCUUCAAUUGCUCUUGGUUCACACUGGGGCCCCGAGCCCUAAUUUUUGGAGAAAUGCUGUUGUUACUGUUUUGUGUUGAAAUUUAAGACCAAAUCUGUUUUGUUCGUGGAGUUUGGCCACCACAGGUGAUGAUGGCAAGAAGUUGGUUACUGUGCCCUGCCAGCCAGCCCCCGGCACCGCGUUCAGAGCUUCCAGCAUCUGGUGUGUUACAUUUCUGGCUGAGCCUGUCCCCAGACUGCUGCUCUGAGCUCACUGUGGGCCAAAGCUUAUUGAAGUCCUGGCUGCCGGGAGCUCUGGCACGGAAGGCAGAGCCACAAAGCUGCUGUCCUGCAGGCUGGGGAUGUGUUGUUUAGCACCAGCCACGUUCUCCUCAGGGUGCAGAGGGAGCUCUGACACCCAGGUGCAGGGACACGUGUGCCCCCUGCCCUUCCAAACCAGCUGCACAAAUGGGAUCGCAGCAGAACAGCCCAUGGCAGCCAAUGCUUGCAGCCCUGGGGUUGGGCUGGCUGCAGCACCCUCAGCGAGCCCCUGCUCCUGUGCUGCUCUGCUUGUGCGUUGCUCUCUGCAAGGAAACAGCCCUGCGGAUUUGCCCUGCGAAACGGGGCCUCUUGGCUGCACGCUGAUCCCGCCUGCCAGCCUCCGUGCGGGGAAGGUCGGGCCUUUCCUUGCAGAGCACCCGGGGCAGGGUGCAGGACCACGUACCUCACCUCUUUGCUUGUUGUGCGGUUUGUAUUCAGACGGUUGCCGUUCGGCCUCGCGUUGUGUUUUCCUUCAUCGAGUUGAGCACGGGUGUAUUUAUAUGAGCGUCUGUCUUACCCACUUGUUUGUACCGAAUAUUUUGAGUAUAAAAUAAAGCCGCUCUGCUCCA